AUGGAUACAAACUAUCGGUUCUCGAAUUUGAUCGGGACUGUUUACCGAAAUGGGCAAAUUUUGUUUUCGAGUGAUGGAUAUUCGGUUUUGAGCCCUGUUGGCAAUAAGAUUUCGAUUAUUGAUUUGAAAAAUAAUCAAACACGAACAAUUGCCAUUGAUUGCGAAUACUCCAUACUUUCGAUGAGCCUCAAUCCAGCUGGAACUCAUUUAAUUUUAAUUACGGAAGCUGGAGACAUUCUCUUCGUGAAUUUGGAGACUGAAACUGUAAUUCAUCGAUUUCGUGCGACAAAAUUAGCACGGCACGCUUCAUUUUCACCUUGUGGACGAUAUUUGGCACUAUCUCCUGAAAAUGAUCUGCAAAUACAAGAAAUGGGUAGUAUGGUCAACAAUAUAUUUCGGCCGUUUCAUCUCAUCAAGACUUUCCAUCUGUCUCCAGAAACGUUGACCUGUAUUAAUUGGUCUUUUGAUUCAAGGUUGAUAUGCUUUGGAAGCGAGGACAAACAAAUCAGAAUCGUCCCAGUGCGAGAAAUAAAAAACUUUACAUGUGCCUCUGUUUCUUCGCAUAAAGGACGGAUUGUCUGCGCAGAUUUCAUGAGAGACUCUUAUGAUAUGAUCAGUAUUGACCAACGAGGAUUAUGCAAUUUUUGGAAAUCAAAUUUGCAAGCUACAGAUUUGGUUGUUGAUCAUAAUGAAGAGUCUGAAGAAAAAGUGUCAUCUUUGUUUCUCGAAAAGACCAACAAAGCAUCUCUGCAUGAAUUGGCUGGAAUUGACCGUAUCGUAGAUGUCACUGCAGCCGCUUUUCACCGUGACAGUUGCUUGCUUGUUGUUGGUUUUGAUAAUGGGGUUUUCGUACUGCUAGAGGUGCCAACACUAUCUCUCAUUCACAACCUAAGAAUAUCUGAUGUACAAAUUACAAGUAUUGCACCAUCCAGAACUGGGGAUUGGUUAGCUAUUGGCUGUGGCAAAGGUUUUGCUGCUCAACUAGUUGUUUGGGAAUGGCAGAGUGAAACUUACGUAAUGAAGCAGCAGUCGCAUUCGGAAAGAAUUUUAUCGGCGAUGUUUAGUCCAGAUGGGAGUAGCAUUGCUACUGGCGCUGAAGAUGGAAAGCUCAAAAUUUGGUCUUGUCGAUCUAGCUUCUGUGUUGUGACGUUUAAUGAGCAUACGUCGGGAGUUUCUGCAGUUGCUUGGACUCAGUCUGGUAAAGCGAUUCUUUCUUCAUCACUUGAUGGGACGGUUAGGGCGCAUGAUCUUAAAAGAUAUCGAAAUUUCCGCACAUUGGUUUGCCCGGAACCAACUCAAUUGGGAGCACUAUGCGUGGACACAGCUGGAGAGAUAGUUGUUGCUGCGGCAAAAGAACUGUUUAAUGUUUUUGUAUGGAGCUUGGAAACAGGUCGACUUCUUGAUGUUCUCUCGGGCCAUUCAUCGGUGGUUUCUUCAAUUUCCAUCUCAAACAACUCUCUUCUCACAGGCUCUUGGGAUAAGACUUUCAAAUUGUGGAACAUCACAGAAUCACAACCUGUGGACCAUGCAGAUCUUACUUGCGAGUGUCUUUGUGUUGCUUUUUCACCUUGUGGAACACUGAUUGCCGUAUUGACAAUGGAUUCAAAUAUUGCAUUUUAUACUACGGAUCUACAACAAAUUGGUUCAAUUGACGCUCGACUCGAUUUUGACGCUGGGAGGUCUAAGCAAGAUAAGGUUACAAAAGAGCGCUCACAGAAAAACAAGUCCAUGACGACUAUGUGCUUUUCCCCGGAUGGAUCCUUACUUUUGGUGGGCGGUGAAUCUGUCUUUCUUUGUCUAUAUUCCGUGUUGGAUCGAAUACUUCUUAAAAAGUUUGCAAUAACAAGGAAUCGCAGUCUGGAUGGCGUUGUGCUUGAUGUUAAUCGCCGACAAUUUACCGAAUUUGGAAAUAUGGCUUUGUGUGAUGCAAGCGAUUCGGAUGAUGAUCAUAAAGAAAUUAAACUACCUGGAACAAGACAUUCAGACAAAGGAGAAAGGGCUGCCUUUCCAGAAAUAUCCGUUUAUCAUGUUUCCUUCUGCCCAACAGGCCGAAGAUUCUCUGUUUCUUCAACGGAGGGAGUCGCUAUUUACUCAUUGGACAAAUUAUCUUUAUUCGAUCCAUUCCAACUUGAUUCGAGUACGAAUCCCGAGUCUGUCAAAAGGUAUCUCGCAAUGUCUGAUUACGCUACAGCUCUCAUGGCGGCGCUUCGAUUAAAUGAUAGCCAUUUAGUGGCAAAAUGCUGUGAAUUUACACCAUUAGCGCAAGUUGAAUUGGUCUGUCAAUCAUUGACGCUUCUAUAUGCAGAACGUUUAUUGAAAUGGAUAAGUGAAGGCGAAGUGGUAUGGAACUCUCCGCAUAUUCAUUUUUACAUGAAAUGGGUCAAUUCUAUCUUGAAUGUCCAUGGUGCUCAUCUCAAAAGUCGUGCUGACGUGGCAUUGCUCACCGGCAUUCAACAAAUUGUCCAUCACCACGAGGAGCUAAUGCAGAAAAUGGCUGAUCAGAACAAAUACGGCUUACAAUAUCUUAUUCGCUCAAGACGUAUCACAAAGAAAAGUUUUCUUGGAUCAUUUGAGGAAUUAUUGCCGGAUGCUGCGCCUGAGCAGACACUUGAUGAGAACAAAGAUAACGUGAAGAAAUCGAAGAAACGCAAAGCGGUUGAGGAAAAGUCAGAAGAUCAAAUAACAGCUGAUGAAAUUAAAUUGAAAAAGCCAAAGAAAGCAGAAAAGAAAGCGAAGAAAUCAGCGGUGGAUUCGGGAAGUGAAGAGACAGUAAGUGAAACCAGGAAAUUGAAAGUGACAAAGAAAAUAAUCAAUGAUGUGGAUUCUUUGCCUAAAUCAAAAAAGAUGCGUAAAAAGUCGUUUUCCGACAAACAGAAGUCAAAGGAAGUUAGCGAAAACUCGGAUGAAGACAAUGAAGAGAUUGCUGUUGAUGAUAACACACCUGUCGACGACAUUGUCGAUCUGAGCGCGUGGCUUGAAUUUUCAUUACCAGAAGAAAUAAUGCGUGGGCUAAAGAGCUUAAAAUUUUCAUCUCCGACUGAAAUUCAGCGACUUGUUUUGCCGAGUGCUAUUCGUGAUCGACUGGAUGUGUUAGGAGCUGCAGAGACGGGUUCUGGAAAAACUCUCGCGUAUGCAAUUCCGGCCAUCGCAAGAUUAUUAGAAAAUUCAGAGGGUUCGGAGUCACGCGGUCCCAAGGUCUUGAUAAUGGUACCCACUCGUGAGUUGGCUGUUCAAGUGCGCCGUCAUAUUGAUGCUCUUCUAAAAUUUACUGCAUUCAAAGCGGUUUCGAUAGUCGGUGGGUUAUCACAACAAAAACAAGAGCGCCUUCUAAACGCCAAGCCUGAAAUUAUUGUGGCAACGCCAGGACGUCUAUGGGCAUUAAUGGACGGGCCAAGCGCUUCGGAUUUCUUAUCUGAUAUGUCAUCUCUUCAAAUGCUUGUGAUUGACGAAACAGAUAGAAUGGUUGAGCGAGGACAUUUUGAAGAGUUGGAACUGAUUUUGGCGCAUAUUCACAGGUUUACCGCAGAAAAAUUGCAGACGUUGGUUUUCUCGGCAACUUUAACUUACGUUCAUCCAGCUCCUAAAUGGAUGACGGAGAGUAAGGCGAAGCAGCUGACACCCGAGGAAAAACUUAAAAGACUCACUGGUAUCACGGGCUUACGAAAUAAGAGGAAAAUUUACGAUAUAACAAGAGAAUUUGGUACUGCUGAAAAGUUAGUUGAAACGCGAAUGAAUUGUGAGGAUCUGCUAGAAAAGGAUAUUACCAUUGCCUAUUUGCUUCAUCGUUAUCGGGGACGAACUUUAGUUUUCUUAAACUCUGUUGAUGCUGCCAGGAGACUUUAUGGUAUUUUGACAAAGCUUAACUUCACACCAAGUCCAAUGUUGCUUCAUGCACGAAUGCAACAACGACAAAGAUUGAAAAAUUUGGAACGUUUUGCAGCAAGUAAGAAUGCUAUUCUGUUGGCGACUGACGUGGCAGCCCGUGGUCUUGAUAUACGGGGUAUUGAGCACGUCAUUCAUUAUCAAGUUCCAAAAACAGCUGAGUUGUACAUUCAUCGAUCAGGGCGAACGGCCAGAGCUUCGGCUAGUGGUCUCACUGUUUUGCUUGUGGAUUCACAAGAUGUCAGCUUUUAUAGACGUAUUUGCCAGAAUUUGAAUAGAAAACAAGACUUACCACUUUUCCCAAUCGAUGCACCACAAUUAUUUUCGGCACUUAAGCCACGAAUCAAGAUUGCAAGCGAGCUUGAUACAAAGAAUUGGUUUACUAAGACAGCCAAAGAAGCUGAUUUGGUUCUUGAUGAGUGGACCAAAGAAGAUGCUGGUGAUAACGAGCUUGAUGGACUGUUAAGGGAUUCAAAAGCCAAACAGUUUCAGCUACGUUCGACACUUUCACAGUCAUUGCCAUCAUUCGAAAAAGGGGAACUCCCGAAAACUCGUUACAUUACGCCGGACAUUAGAAACAAAUAUGAUGAAACGAUCAGUGCCGAGGCUCUUGAUUCAUUCAAUCAAACGGUUGGCGAAACAAAAACAAAGAAAAAAUUGCGGAAACUUUUGUCUUCACGGGAUCUCGGGAUCGGAAAAAAAUUUAAAAAACAUAAGAAAAGGCGU